AUGCCGGAGUCUGAUGAAGAUGCUCGUGAAGCAGUGGAGAAGGUUUUUGGAGUGCGACCCUGCUUAUGGCAACUGAAAGCAGCUCGAAUGAUCCUCGGAGGACAAGACACUUUAACAAUCGCACCAACUGGGUCCGGAAAAACUCUGAGCUACUGGCUUGCGCUGGUUUUUGUACCGGAAGGGACCAUCGUAGUUGUCACACCUCUGAAAGAUCUCGGCUCUCAAUUCGAAAAUGAACUGAAGCAAAAGGGUUUUUGUGCUCUCAAUGUCACAGGGAAUAUUACCACGAAUAAUCUUUAUAAGGACAUUGCCUCACUGAAGUACCGGGUGGUCAUUUUCAGUCCCGAAAGUAUUGUUAAUGAUAGCCGUUUUGAUGAUCUGCUCAGCAACCGAAAAUUCAUGCGGUCUGUGAUCAGCUUUGUAUUUGACGAGGCUCAUGUCAUUGAACAGUGGGGUGGAACCUUUCGGCCAGAAUAUCAGAAGCUUGGGCCGCUCCGAUAUACAAUGGUGCGACAUGUGCCAUACCAAUUAGGGUCGGCAACACUUCCGCCAAUCAUUGCUCAGAAAUUGACUGGACAUCUGCAUCUCGGUCAGGACACCAAAACCAUACGGCUGGACACCGAUCGGAAAAACAUAUUUCUACGUGUACAGCGUAUGAAACACCCCUUGAAUUCCUACCGCGAUCUUGCACCGCUAUUGCAAACAUCCAAAAAAUUUAUUGUUUUCUUCAACUCGCGAAACGCUGCUCAAGAUGGUGCCCGAUUUCUGCGGUCAUGUCUGCCCGUACAUGAAAUGAACGAUAUUACAUGGGUACACUCCGGCAUGUCAGACGACUUUCGGCGGGAGGAAAUUGGUGCAUUGAAGGCAGGUCUACGACGUGGUGUUUGUGCUACAGAUGCAAUAGGGAUGGGGAUUGAUAUCCCUGACAUUGGUAUUGUUGUCCAGUACGGGUCUCCGCAGUCACUGAGUACUUGGUAUCAGCGAGCGGGACGUGCUGUUCGUGACCUGUCGCUUCAGGGCACAGCCGUUGUUUUGGUUGAGCCCAAAUUUUUUGAUGCUGAAAAGCAUGCUGCUUUCAAGGCUGCGAGACAGGCGGAGAACGCGUCUAAGCAAGCUGCUGCUGAAGCAGCCCGUGUCAGGGAAGCGCUCAUGGCUUCGGCUUCAGCUUCAGAGGCUUAUGUUCAUGCAGGCAAACCUAAACGGAAGAGGGGAGCAGGGGACACGUCAAUGCGGAAGAAAGGUCGACCGGAAUCUCAGCCGGAAGUUACAGAUCUCAAGACAUGUGAAACUGAUAUCUUCGGCUAUCCAAUCAAGAUUGAGCGCGCCAUGGAUGAUUUUAUUAAUGCGGAAAACCGUCCAGGGAAAUGUCGGCGUGGGAUCGGGAGUGAAUACUUUGGGAAUCUGGAGCUAGAACGUCACGUCAACACCUCUUGCUGUUCCAGAGCUGGCUGCUCUCCUCCUGCUAUCACUCACUGCUGCAACAUCUGUGAACCAGAGUACUCACCGUUUCUUACCAACGAACACAUUCCAACAAGUCGACCAAGGAUGAAAAAAUUGAAGGAUUAUACUCGAGGAGAAGCUGAGGUUGAGUUGCGAAGGGUAAUAGCUGUUGAAAGGGACGCGUGGUUUCUUCGGAAGUUGGGCCCUCAUGCGAUGCUCAUGCCUGAAGCUCUGUGGCCUGACAGUGUAGUAGACGCUAUCGUCGACUGGGCACAUGAGGGCAAGUUGGAUACUGUCGAAAGCUUCUGCAAUCUCAUUACAUGGGCCUAUGCAGAGGAGCUGGCACCGAAGCUGUUGGAAAAAAUCCGGGCUCAUCAACGAAUUCACCAGGAUCAACACAAAGCAGGUCUUCAGGCCGGAAAAUUGCACCGGGACGUUGCAGUCGCUGUCAAACCGUGGGUCAUCGCAGUACGUGGAAUGCUUAGUGUGAUUUUCAAACUCUAA